UGCUGGUCAGCUGUGCCUCAGUUCCCACUGGAAGAGGGUAUAAUGAGGCACAUUGGGCCACCCACGGUCAUCAGGGCCUGAACUAGCUUUUCAGGUUUACUUUAGAAUGCCUUUGGCCAAGAGGUGUCCAUUCGGUUGGUUGGGGUUGCUUAGAAUUUUACUUUGGGUUUAAACCAGGGAGUAACUCCAGGUAGCAAGGGCCCUUUCUGGGAGGGUUCUCUGUGUUCUCUUUUGGGAGAGGCCCUGUGUUGCCUGCAGUCACUUCCACCAUGCCCCUUGGGCACACGAGGAGCACACAGUGUCAGUAGGUUGGCAGGAGAGGUCGGGCAGCCAGGGAAUGCAGUAUGAGAUGGGCUUGGGGUCAGGGCUGGGUAUGCUACAGGACUCCUCCUCCUCCUAAGGGAUGGCAAAGGAUGGACACACUGCCCCCUCCCGAGCAUUUGAGGGUCUCUGUCCGGCCCAUCUAUUUCCUGUAAGUGUUCCUUUGAAGAGCUGGUGGCUAAGGCCUGAGCCAUGUCUCAAAGGGGCUGGAGGGGAAGAAAGACCUCGUCCUACUAGGGAGCACACCCAGCCCCUCAGCGGGCGGUGGUUGGAGGGUGGACAGGCUCUGGGGCCAAGCAGCCCCUGCGCUACCCGUCCUUUUCCCUGUGUCUGAGCUCCUCCAGCCAAUGGGCUUGGUCUAGACUCUCCUAUCUUCCCCUACAUCGUGGGGUGGGGCUUGCUCUGGGUCAGGCUGCUUUUCCCUAGUUGCGGGGAGGGAGAUGCUGGCACAUUUAACUGACCCCUGGAGGAAAUGAGUGCCUGGGAAUUCAUGUCUAGGGCUCCCAGCAGCCUCUUUGCAGGCCAGUUUGGAAACUGUCCCCAGCCCUGCAUUUUAGGGGGUUACAGAGUCUCUCAACAGGCCCUCCUCCCCUGCUGCUCCCAACUUCCAAGCCUGCAAUGGUUGGGGUAACAGGAUGGUUCAAGGAGCCCCCUCUCUACUUCCACUAUGUUCCCUGUGGGGAGGGAAGAGCAGUUUAAGGAAUAAGGUAUCCCAAAGGCGCACAGCAGACUAGGGGCCGAGGAGUGGGUCCUGCUUCCCCUCCUUUUCUCUAGGCUGAGCCACAGCAGGUCCUUGAAUCCUAUUUCCCAGCGGAUGCCAGGACAGCAGGCCCUGGGGGAGUUCUCUCUCGAGCCUUUCAGAGGGACCAGAGGUCUAGCAGCCAAGGGGAACUCAGAUUCCUUGACUGUGUGGGGCAUGAACUCUCCCAGGUGAGAAGGGGCACAAGGUGCCAACAGGGCCCAGUGGCCAAGGGAGACGCGGCUUGUCGAAGGGAGAACCUGGGCCCUCGUCUUCCCUUUCAGGGCGGGCAGCUGACCUGCCCCCUGCCGUGGACAGGCUCCCAAGCAUGGCAGAGGCCAAACCUUCCCGGCUGCCACCCACCCAGCCACGCUGACUUGGAAGCUUGAGCGUUCAGCGGCCUCCAUCCUGCCCGGAAGGACCAGGGACUUGGCCCCGGCUUCCCCGCAGCGCCCUCAGGGGACGUCUCAGUGCCUCCCGGAGCCCGGACCAAUGCACCAGAGCUGAGGGCCCAGAGGUGUCAGGGUGGCCGGGCAAUUGUGUGAGGACGACGCCCCACAAGUUUGCGGCCAGGGCCCAGUAAACCCCUAGGGGUGGGAAAGCGUCGGCCCAGCCAGCGGGUAAAGCCCCCUUCACCCGUGACCCAGCGGCCACGACCCCGCGUCCUCAUCUCGGGCUGGGACCGCCUCUGCGUCUGGCCUGAGCGGGACCCUGGGAUCCCGGGGAGCCCCGCCUCGCUGCAUUAACUAAGCCCAGGAGGAGCGACAGUUACCGCUUCCGGUCAUGACCGGAAGUGCCGGGAACGGCAUUCGUUCUCCAUACGAGAUGAUGCACUUCCUGCCUGGGGCGGCCGCUGUUCUCGCGGUUUCCGGCAGGUGGCGCUGGGACCACGGGAAGCCGGCCCCGCUGUCGGUUAGCCGUCGAGCAUUCUGGGAAUUGCAGGCCUGGCCCCUCCUCUUCCUGUUCUUCUUGGUCAAUUCCGGUCUUGGUUCCCCAACAAAUGCCGUCGUUUCCGGGGCCGCUUCCGAGCCGGACCCAAGGGCCGGGGCGUAGAGUAGAGGGGCGGGCGCAUGCGCACAGGGCUACACACCCCGACAGGCGUCGGGAGUGGCAGCCCAGUGCCUUGUGGGAGUUGUAGUUCUGCAGGCGCGGGAGCCGCGGCGCUCGGCUGGCAGAGCACUCGGUUUCCCAGAGGGCUGAGCUAGCCGCACAGAGGUGCGGCGCCGACUAAGAUGGAGAUGGCCGUGCAUCCUUGAGCCGUUGAGCAGCUGAACAGCGGCGGUGCUGGGGCACUCCCAGGCCUGAGACGACCACGCCUGUGCCACUGAGGACCUUCAUCAGGGCUCCGUUCACCUGGCCCACUUGGCUGUCCAGUCACACUCCAGUGUCAACCACUGGCACCCAGCAGCCAAGAGAGGGGCAGUGGAUCUGCAGGGGAAACUCAUUCUCAAUACUGUUCCUCCUGAGAGACAAACUUCCUGGGCCGUUUUGGUUUAGGUGUGGCGUGGCCCUGGGGACCCAUGGCUGAUGCAGGGACAGGUGCGCCGUCCCCCAGCGUGGAGGGCGAGCACGGGACGGAGUAUGACACACUGCCUUCCGACACAGUCUCCCUCAGUGACUCGGACUCUGACCUCAGCUUGCCCGGUGGUGCUGAAGUGGAAGCACUGUCCCCGAUGGGGCUGCCUGGGGAGGAGGAUUCAGGUCCUGAUGAACCACCCUCACCCCCGUCAGGCCUCCUCCCGGCCACGGUGCAGCCAUUCCAUCUGAGAGGCAUGAGCUCCACCUUCUCCCAGCGCAGCCGUGACAUCUUUGACUGCCUGGAGGGAGCGGCCAGGAGGGCUCCAUCCUCUGUGGCCCACACCAGCAUGAGUGACAAUGGAGGCUUCAAGCAGCCCCUAGCACCCGCAGGCCAGUCUCCAGUGGAAGGCCUGGGCAGGGCCCGUCGGAGCCCUGCCUCCCCAAGGGUGCCUCCGGUCCCCGACUACGUGGCACACCCCGAGCGCUGGACCAAGUACAGCCUGGAAGAUGUGACCGAGGUCAGCGAGCAGAGCAAUCAGGCCGCCGCCCUGGCCUUCCUGGGCUCCCAGAGCCUGGCUGCCCCCACUGACUGCGUGUCCUCCUUCAACCAGGACCCCUCCAGCUGUGGGGAGGGGAGGGUCGUCUUCACCAAACCAGUCCGAGGGGUCGAGGCCAGACACGAGAGGAAGAGGGUCCUGGGGAAGGUGGGAGAGCUGGGCAGGGGUGGCCUUGGGAACCCUGCCACAGACAGGGGCGAGGGCCCUGUGGAGCUGGCCCAUCUGGCCGGGCCCGGGAGCCCAGAAGCCGAGGAGUGGGGCAGCCCCCAUGGGGGCCUGCAGGAGGUGGAGGCACUGUCAGGGCCUGUCCACAGUGGGUCUGUGCCAGGUCUCCCGCCGGUGGAGACUGUUGGCUUCCAUGGCAGCAGGAAGCGGAGUCGAGACCACUUCCGGAACAAGGGCAGCAGCCCUGAGGACCCAGGUGCUGAGGUCUGAGAGGGAGAUGGCCCAGCCUGACCACACUGGCCACUGCCAUCCUGCUGCCUUCCUAGUGGGGCUGGUCAAGGGGCAGCCUGGCCACUGCCCAGCUGGAGUGGGAGGAAGCCUGCAGGCUGCCUGUAGGUGGCACUGGAGGCCCUGGCUGCAGCUCUGGGCAGCGUCCUCCCAAGCAGAGACCUGCUGAGGCUCCUGGGGUAGUGGGCUGGAAGCACUGGCUUCCUGGUGGGGACAAUAAAGGUUGUGGGUCUUUCUCAGA